AGCGGGGCGGUCCGAGGCCGGCCUUGCAGCCCGGCCCCGCGCCGGGCUCGUUCCCUCCCCCGCAACGCCAGCGGUGACGCCGUGACGCGGGCAGUGACGUCACUGGCAGCGUGGCCGAGGCGGGAGGGCGCGGCCCGCCCUCGUCGGCGGGGCCCGGCUCUCGUCUCCGUGAGGCGGCGGCGGCCACCACAGCCACAGUGACAGCUUCUCCGGGCUCUGCUAGCCAGGACUCCCAAGCGAUCAUGGAGGAUACUACUUUGCAAAUUAUCGAACCACCAACUGCUUCUGAGGCCUCUGAGGAGCAAGUGCCUGAAGAACCCAUCAAAUCAGACCAGAUCAAUGGUGUGAUGGUGCUGACCCUUCUGGACAAGAUCAUUGGAGCAGUGGAUCAGAUCCAGCUGACCCAAACCCAGCUGGAGGAGAGACAGCAAGAGAUGGAUAGCGCAGUGACCAGCAUCCAAGGAGAAUUAACCAAGCUGACAAAGGCACACACCACCACCAGCAACACCGUGAACAAGAUGCUGGAAAAGGUGCGCAAGGUGAGCGUCAAUGUGAAAACCGUUCGGCAGAACCUGGAAAAGCAAGCUGGGCAGAUAAAGAAGCUAGAGGCCAACGAAGCGGAGCUCCUGAAACGCAGAAACUUCAAAGUCAUGAUCUACCAGGAUGAAGUGAAGCUCCCGUCUAAACUGAGCAUCAGCAAGUCUCUGAAGGAAGGUGAAAAGCUAGAGAAGGAAGGCGAGGGCGAGGAGGUGCCUGUGGGUGAGGACCAUGCAGAGGAGGACCACAUCCAGCUCUCCUCGGAUGAAGAGGUGGAGAUUGAAGAAAUUAUUGAAGAGUCACGGGCAGAGCGCAUCAAAAGGAGUGGCAUGAAAAGAGUGGAUGACUUUAAGAAGGCAUUCUCAAAGGAGAAGAUGGAGAAGACUAAGCUAAAGACCAAGGAAAACCUGGAGAAGACCCGUCACAACUUGGAGAAGACCCGCCACAACCUGGAGAAGAGGAUGAACAAACUGGGCACCAAGAUUGUGACUAAUGAAAGGAGAGAGAAGAUGAAGACCUCUCGGGACAAGCUGAGAAAGUCUUUCACCCCUGACCACACCAUCUAUGCCAGGUCCAAGACAGCUGUCUACAAAGUGCCACCCUUCACUUUCCACGUCAAGAAAAUAAGAGAGGGUGAGGUGGAAGUGAAAGCCACGGAGCUGGUGGAGGUUGGUGGAGAGGAGGGAGAAAACUCGGAUCUGAUGCGUGGGGAGAGCCCCGAGAUGCACACGCUGCUGGAGAUCACGGAGGAGUCUGACGCGGUACUGGUGGACAAGAGCGACAGCGAGUAGGGCAGGCUGCAGCGCGGAAGGGUUGUGGACGACGGCUAAACACAUAAUCAUUCACAUUUCAAGAUCUCUCUCUGCCCUGGUGCCCCAGGGGAAGUGUACACAAUGCAUCUUUACUACCCUGCAGAGCCGCCGCCAAUCCCCUGCCUGCUAGGACAAGGUGUAUUUUAUAUUUUAGUUUUAGCACACAGAAACGUUAGGAACACAGGACUGUUUUUCUUACACUGUUAAAUCACCCUUGGAGACCAUUCCUGCCACAGGCUGCGUGAGAGCCUUCCAGCACCAGACCUGAAGACAGGCUUUGAGUGACGGGGACCUGGCCCAGCUGGAGAGUGCUAAAACCAAGAUAACGGCUGUACACCUGGAAAGCUCAAGUGUCCUCCAAAAGCAAAGACCUGGUGUCAAGAAAGCUUCCUGCCAAGCAGCCCGCUGGCCCACGCCACCCCGGCUCCCUGUGCCAGGCUGCGUGGCCAUCUCCGCCGGCAGGAAGACUCCCAGCACCCAAGCCCCUUCGGGGGAGCAGAGGAACUGUGGUGCACCCAGUGUGUGGGAGGGAAGAGCUGAGCAAGUCCUCUUGACGGGCAGAGUGCGGGCAAAGCUGAGCCAAGCACGUGGCAGGCAGGCGGCUCUGCUCCCCUCUGCUCUCCCGACGCCUGGAUUAUGUCACAGCACCUAGGACAGCUUCGCCACAGAGACGCCCUGCAGCUGGGACUGCCGUGGGAGCCCGCACAGCAUCACACAGCCGGGCCCACUGCUGCUCCCCGCCGCUCCGGGGCCGUCGCUGUGACAGCCCCGGGGCCGUGGCCCGAGCAGCACAGGCCUUGCACGGCCGCACGCUCCCCUGCCCAGGUUACAAAUCCGGCUGCCGGGCCGCAGUGUCUGUGAGUGCAUCCUCGCAGGUGCAGGGAGCAGCGUGGAGGUGGGGUGCUGGGUCUGGUCCCUCCACACCCGCAGGGGUGGCGGCAGCGAGGUAUAUACCGGCUGCCCAGGGAGAGGGGAGGCGCGGGCAGCGGUGUCGGAGCAGCCACCACCACCUGCAGCUUGUCUCCAGAGGGAUGUGGGAUGUGCUGAUGCCACGUGAGGCUCUUCCCUGUCAGAGAGUGGCCUUGACACGGGUCCAGCACCGGACCUGGAGUAUUUCUGAGCAUCUUCUUCCUCCAGGGGUCCCGGCACGGCUCAGGCUCACUGCCCACGCCCUGCGCUUUCCUCCCCGUUUCCCGCUUUCUGCAGCUUCGCUCCCUGUCCCCUGCAGCAAGGCACGCUCGGGUACCACACCGCAGCUUGCGGGCACUGCCCCGGCUCAGCCCGGGGCCGCCACGCUCCGGCUCUCGUAGGCAGCCGCCGCCACAGCACGGCCCGGUGGGAGCGGGCGGCGAGGCGGGGGAGGUCGCACGCCUCGGCUGUUUCGCCUGGGGAGGCUGAUCCGGGCGGGCAGCAAGGGAAGGGACCUGGCCGUGCUCACCCCGCCUGCUUGCCGGGCUCAGCCCUUCCCUGGGGGCGCAGCCGCUUUCCUCCCAGCCCGCUCCCCCGGCAGCCGGGAGGGCUGCUCUUGCCAGCAUAACCGAAUAUAUAAACGUGCUUUUCCUCUAAGAAUUAUUUUCCUUCUUAUUGUCCAGUGCAUCCGGCCUGUCCCCGGCCCAGGGUCCCACCCGGUGCCAGGGGAUGCCCCCCAGGGCGGCAGCCGUCCCCGGAGAAGGUGCCCCCGCGCAGCCCCGACUGCGGGCCAGCAGCGGGCGGCUGCGGGCAGCCCCGAGACACCGGGGGUCCCGGCCGGCCGGGGGUCCUGCCUCCCCCCCGGGGGGCGUCAGGCGCCGGCUCCCGCCCACCCGCGGGUCCUGCCGGGCCCCCACGGUCCUCUCUGAGCACGGAGCCUCCGGCGGGCCCGCGGGCCGCCCCCAGCCGGUGUCCCCUCCCGCGGGGCAGCGGGGCGGGAGGGCGGACGACCCCCCUGGCAGUUCCCGCGGCCGUGUCCCGGCGAGCAGCGCCGCUAAUAAAGUCUCUUUUCUAAACCAUCA